UCGCGUUCACAUUUGACCAAACCACCACCCUGAGCAUCCAAACUUGUUAGCGAAUUAGCCUAAAGCAGAAUAAUCCCGCCAUUCUUUCUUUGGCAAAUCCCCACGGUUCAACUUCAAUCUCCGCGAAAACACUUCACCGCCCAAGAACCGAAUCCAUCCCGUGUGACCUCUCAAAUCCGGUCGAUUUCGAUCGAGAUAUCCGCCUCAAACCCCCGUUGAAAGGGCCGACAAAAAAUGCCGCGUGUUUCCACCAAGAACAAAGACCCGCAUGCGCCCAAACGGGGCUUAUCCGCUUUCAUGCUGUAUUCGGGUGAGGUCCGGCCCAAGAUUCGGGCCAGCAACCCGGACAUGCCCGUCACCGAGGUGGCCAAGGUAAUUGGAGCGCGCUGGGCCGAAGUGUCUGACGAGGAGAAGGCUCGGUUUAACGCCCUGGCUGCCAAGGACAAGAAGCGCUACGAAGCGGCCAUGGAGGUCUAUGAACCUCCGCCCACCGCGGGCUCAGAUGCGGACGAAAACGCCAAUCGAGGGGCGGGACUCAAGAGGAAAAUGAAGGCGUCGGCAGACCCGAAUCGGGUGAAGAAGCCCACGUCGGCUUACUUCUAUUUUAUGGCGGCUGUGCGACCGAGUUUGAAGGAGAAGCAUCCGGACAAGAAGCUCGGCGAGAUGGCCAAAAUCAUGGGGGAAAUGUGGGCCAAGUACACGGACGAGGAGAAGCAGCCUUUUGUCAAGAAGGCCAUGAAGGACAAGGCCCGAUAUGAGGAAGAAAAGCAAGCUCAAACGGCCGAAUGAAAAACUGAAUCUUGACGGGAAAAGGGGCGUUCUAGGAACAAUGAAACUUGAUAGCAUUUAUCGUUCAUCUAACUUUGUGAUGGCUUUACCGAUCUUAUUUGAGACUUGUACAAAAUUUCAAAUUGUCUUUUCGUUCGAAUACAGUUGUACGUCAUAA